AUGAAUCGUGCACUCUCCAAAACUUUCUCAAAACGUUCAUCCACAGCUUUCAAUCUUCUAUCUGGAAUUUCUCUCGCUCAUUCAAGACUCGAUCAGCACCGCCCCGUGAUCAUUGCUCGUCUUCGGCUUGCAAGGAGAUGGAAGCAUACAGAACGACAUGCUACGCUCCUGUCUGACGCGCAGCGCAGCACGAUAUAUGCUUUGUCGACUCCCCCUGGCAAAGCAGGUGUUGCUGUCAUCCGGGUGUCCGGCCCCGAAACCGAGCUGGUUAGGACGCGUCUGCUUCCAAAGUCCGCCACCAAUCCACCUGAGCCCUGGCGGAUGGAACGGUGUCGCAUCCGGCACCCUGAGACCGGGGAGGUCCUCGACGACGGUUUAGCCGUCUUUUUCAAAGGUGAGCAACUAAACAUUCCUGAGAUGAACGAAUCAUUCACCCCCGGAGCAGGCCCGAAGUCUUUCACGACGGAAGAUGUCCUCGAACUGCACAUACAUUCUGGACGGGCUGUCAUUUCUUCUGUACUCGGAGCUCUCUCCGCGCUACCGUUCUGUCGACCUGCGGAGCCCGGAGAAUUCACGCGACGCGCCUUUCGUGGAGGUCGAUUGGAUCUCACGCAGGUUGAAGGUCUAAAGGAUCUUAUUGAUGCCGAGACGGAUGGCCAGCGAAGGAUGGCACUGCGAGCGGCGGAGGGUGCCACACGGGUCCUUUUUGAGGAUAUCCGGCAGGAAAUCAUCGGUUGCCUUGCACACGUUGAAGCGUUGAUUGAUUUCGGAGAGGGCGAAGACAUCGAAGAAGGUGUAUAUGAACAAGCCCGGCAGCGGGCCGCAGUGCUCUUGGAACGUAUUCGGGCAUAUCUAAGAGACAGCCGGCGCGGUGAAAUCCUGCGCACAGGGCUGCAUCUCACCAUAUUCGGGCCGCCGAAUGCAGGCAAAAGCAGUUUACUGAAUUUCUUGGCCCAGCGUGAGGCGGCCAUUGUCACGCCUGUUCCCGGCACGACGCGCGACAUCCUACAACUAGCCAUCGAUAUCGGGGGUAUUCCUGUUAUCGUGUCUGACACGGCUGGGUUACGUCCGACGGACGACUUGGUGGAGCGAAUCGGGAUUGAACGAGCCCAGACUGCGUCGGUUCCAUUCUUGUUCUCGUGCCCUCGUUUGCUGACGUCGGCGAAGAAUUCGGUCAGCAGACAUCUCGCUUCCCUGAUUACGGAAGACACGCUAUUUCUCUAUAACAAAUUGGAUUUGCACCCAGAUGUAUCGGGACUCAAGUUGGGACCCAAGCAGUGGGCCGUCAGUCUGAGAACAGGACGAGGGACGGAAAAUUUCCUUGCUAGCUUUGCUCAAGCUAUACGCGAAAAAUAUAACGUGGAAGACGACAGUCAUGCACCGGUGAUCACACAUGCUCGACAUCGGACUCAUCUGGAGUCGGCGGCGAAUUUCAUUGAUGCCUUCCUGGAGACAUCUGUCAACGAUAUCGUGUUAGGUGCUGAGGAGCUGCGAUAUGCAGCGAAGGCUGUUGGGAAGAUCUCUGGCCAUAUUGAUGUCGAAGAUAUACUCGACGCGCUGUUCAGUGACUUUUGUAUAGGAAAAUAGUACAUUUGUAAAUCUCUAUCGACGAGCCCGUUUUCCUUGCUAGAAGUUCAUUAGUCGCGGAAGCAAUGCAGAGAUACCUUUACUCACUUGCUCAUCCUCCCAAUCCGUACCGCGCCUUUUGGUUUUGGACCAUGGGACCGAGUCGACAUCCAUCGAGGUAUCCUGUUCUGAGCCCUCUAUCCUCCACAUCUUGAUUGCAGAAUCUUCGCCACCGCUCAGCACGACACCACUCUGGAAGCAUGUUUACUGGAUUGACAUAUCUGUCCCGAAAUAAAACUCGCCUGCUCGUCCCACAACAGAGAUCGGACGAUGCCCGUAUGACCAUGCGUCCAGGACUUUUGAAGCGUCCAGGGCGCACCCGGUGAGGCCAGAUCCGGGUUGGUCAACAGAGCGAAGUCGCCCCUAUGUUGUGUUCAGAGCGUUGACAAGAAACGACCAAUCAAACCACGCACUGAUUCGAGCCAACGAAGACCUUGAAAUCCGCAUCUGCCGUCGAAUGGCAUUUGAUCAUGUAGUCAGUCAACCAUUCGUGUUGUGGGUGAUUGUGUAAAGAGGGGCCCCGGAUGUCUUGGUUUUGUAGGAGAUCCAACUGAAAAGAGUGUUGGUACUUGAAAGUGGCAUACUUCCGUGGAAAGCACCUCAUGGGACCAAGUGCUGAAUGUUUCCAUAUCACUAGCACCCCAUAUCUUCGCGCUGCCGGGAGACUGGAUCCAGCCUGCCUGGGACACGCUGGUGUUCCAAGAUCCCACAUAUAUACCGGCUUCGUCUUCGUCCUCCUCGUUAGGAUCUGACGUGCAGAUAAGCCCGUCCGUCGAUGCGCUCAGAAGAACUCCGGGAGAAUCGGGAGAGAAUUGCAGGACAGUCACGUCGUCUGAAUGUGUAGACGAGUGAGUUCGCAGCGGCGCAGCUGGCUGCCGGGGGUCCCUGAAACGCUCGAUCGGUGACUGUGAGAACAUAGAGUGCGGAUCACACACCAGUAUAGUAUAUGCGCGUCUUCGCCCUGCAGUUGUGUCCCGGCAGCCACGGUCAUUCCAUCUUGCGACACAUCACAGCAGAGCAAGCCGCGCGAUUGGCCCAGAUUCGUCACUCUUAGGUAGUCAGAACUUCAAUCACGACAUUGAGCGCGUCCGAUCUUACUUUUGAUGCUGUGUGAACUCGUCCGUUCAUCCCAAACUUUCACACUUCCAUCCAAGCCUGUGGACACAAGGGACGGGCGCGAGAUGUUGGCGACGGUUGGCACACAUUGAAGGGAUGUGGUGCCCACUUCGUGCCCUGGAAAAACAGCGGCACCUUGCAGAGAAGACUUUUCGAAAAGAUGAAUCUGAUUCGAAGGGGCGGAGGCAGAAGCGGCGAAGAAUGACGGUAUGGAUGCUAGGGAGAGGACGUAUGCUUGCGACGGUAAAGAGACAGAGAGAAUUGACGCGGAGCUUUCGGAGAAGCUCGCCGAUAGCGUAAGAGCAGCAGGGACGUCGUUCAUCGCGCACACAAUUUCGCGUCCAGGAGAAUGAUCAAAAGGAAUGGGGCUCGUGACUUCUUACCACCAUCAUCUCCCUCGGGUGAUGACGGACGGUAAAGGAAAUACGAGGCUCCCCACGCCGCAGCGGGCGGUGGGGACUCAGCGCGAGUACCGGCCGAGACUAAAGGCACCUCGAAGUGAGGAUGGGUUGGGAUUACCCGGAAGUGCAGUGUGCACGCCUGAAUGGCUCGCACACCACUCUCUCCCUUGAUCCCUCAUCCCUCCUCCCCGACCAAGCCCUCAUCGACGCUGACACGAACGCCGCACCGUCAACACUACGGCGCCACGUCACGCACUUACGACACAACACGGGAACGGCAAACCAGUGGGGGACUGCGGCCAAAGACGCCAUUGCGGAGGUAUGAGCACCAUGCGGGAUGAUACGCCGCUACCCGGCGACGCUACUGGCGACGUGCCACUCCACACCACGAGACACCUGCCGACCUCGCUUAUACCUCUCCGCUCAACGCGCUCGCCCGAAAUACUCUCUAAGACGACUCUCGACGACAACUUUUGACGACACCUCUCGACGGCAACACUUGCAGAGCUACCACGACAUCUCGAGGCUCACACGUACCGCAACCUCACAUCCGACAAUCUUUGAUCUCUACUGUCGAGCGCCCGACCACCUGGGUCUGGGCCCAGAAGAAGACGCGACGAGGACCGCGCAACCCGAACCCGCCACAUCUACCGACUGUUCUAUUUGGGAGCAGGACGGGAAACGGGGGAGGGAACGCGUUGUCGGAUGAGGUCGAUCCCUCGUCUGAUAGCGCCGCAACAGCGCGACCUAUUUAGGUCGGGGUGCGCUGGCCAGCAGUCCUGGCAUGUCGGGGGAGAUGAAUGCGACGCGUGCCCGAGACACGGUUGGCGCUCCCCCGACAACCCCAAAGGUGAGACUUCACAGCGCCGAUCUUAGCGGGAAACGCGCUGUGUCUCUUUGGCUGGCUACUGAAAAUCUACAACAACCAUCGCAAGCUCAGCGAAACGAGCACCCGGAAGAUUCGACAAACAUACUGGCACAGGCAACGGCAGCUGGAGGGCGGCAGGGCUCCGCCACCGGCCCAGCCAGUCCCAACGAAGGCAACCGCGGAGGAGGGGAACUGGCGAACCAUCGCCCGGAGGUAACCCGGGACGAUGGCCAACCUCCACAAGAGGAAGGACAGAUGUCCCGAGGAACCGAUGAUGGGCCCUGGGACGCAACUCCGACUGCAGCGAGCAGAUCGGGGGGCACAAGUGGAUGUGCUGAUGCGCAGAGUGCGCAGGGAACUGAGCAACAGUUACCCAGCCCAGACAACAGGGACAGUCAUGCGCAGCGAGCGCAGGGAGCUGAGAGACAGCUACCCCCCCGAGAAGAAAGGGAUACAGAAAGCGGAAAUGGCAGAGAGCCAGAUAACGAAAGACACCAAGAUGGCAGAGUGCCAGAUAACAGACGCCCAACACACGCACAGACAUACCCGGGCCCCACUGGCCCACGCGGCAGAAACGGCCGGAAGAACAUGAAAGCUGCCCUGAAAAUAGGUGCACUAAACAUCCGGGGACACGGUCACACCAAUGCCCACCACCCCAAGAACAAAUGGCUGGGGGUGUGGCAGAUAAUGCGAGAAGACAAGGUGGCUGUACUGGUGAUUGGAGAAGCCCAUAUGAAUAAAGAGAGGAAAGAGGAUAUAGACAAUCUGUUCGGCCGUAAAAUGAAGAUCCUACAUACGGAAAGCCCAGAGUCAGCAAAUGCAGCUGGCGUUGCAAUUGUAAUAAACAAAAACCUCGCGCGGACAGAAGGAAUACAAAUGCACGAAAUUGUACCAGGCAGAGCCAUGGUCAUCCUAAUGAAAAACGCGGAUGAAACACCGCUCUCAGUCCUUGGUGUGUACGCACCAAACCAGCCAGCCGAAAAUGCACAAUUUUGGAAGAACAUCCAAGAAUUCUUCACACGACACCCCAGAAUCCGAAAACCAGAUAUAAUGGCAGGCGACAUGAACAUUGUAGAAGCCGCUUUAGACAGACUCCCAGCCCAUGAAGAUAAUGGCCCUGCAGUGGACGCUCUAGACGAGCUUAAAAGUAACCUGAACAUGAUCGAUGGCUGGAGAACCACAUACCCCGAGACCAAGGAAUACACAUUCCGCCAACCCGCUAACCUUGGAGGAUCCCUAUCCCGAAUCGAUCGAAUCUAUGUGCGUGCAAAUGAAUUCGAAAACACGUUUGAAUGGGGCAUUAAGAGAGUGGGCAUCGAGACAGACCACGACCUGGUAUGGACAAAGAAAUCAACCGCAGAUGCACCAACGGUGGGACACGGACGAUGGGCCUGGCCAGCUUACCUGACUAAAGACAAACAACUAUCUGCGUUCAUCCACAAAACCGGAAGAGACACACACGCCAGAAUCAAAGGAAGCGUGGAAGGGACAAACAGCUACAACCCACAAACAGAAUGGGCCUGCUUCAAACAAAAAAUAAACCAGAAAGCGAGAGAACGCGCACGAGCCAUAGCCCCACACAUCAUCCGAGAAAUUGCUGCCCUGGAAGCAAAACUAGAGAGCAUACACAGGGAC